AUGCAUAGCAAUGUAGAAUUACUUCCUAUUUAUUUAUCAUCAGGUGCUAUGGAUUGUACAAAGGAAGAUAUUAAUUCACAUAAUUAUCGAUCAAAUAGUAAUAGUAGUGAUCAAGAAACUAGUCUUGAUGAAUAUGUUAUUGUAUCACCUUCAGCAUCAAUAAUUAGUAUAGAGAAUAAUAUUUCUGAAGAAAAUCUUUUUGAAGAAGAAAAUAAUUCAGAUUAUUUUGAUCAAUUUAGUUGUCCAGAUGAUGAUAGUGAUAAUGAUUUAGAAUAUUUUUAUCAUGAUGAUAAUAAUAAUGAAAUAUUUCUUAAUAAUCAUCUUAAUCGAAAACAAUUAUAUGUAGUUGAACAUAUUGAACAAAAAAAUUAUCAACGUUCAAAACGUUCGAAUAAAAAAAUUAAUGCACAUUGUCAGAUAAAAACAAAACAUGCUAAAAAUAUUAAAAUUAAAUCACAUAAUAAACAAUUAUAUAUACAUCAUCGAUUAUUUAAACGUGUUGUACUUGAUGAACCAAGUCGAAAUUAUCUACCUUCAAGUCCAUCAAUUCCAUUACAUUCCUAUGAAACUUUACGAUCUAUGGCUGAUAAAAAUUCUCAUCAUCUAAUUGUUUCUAAUAAUCAAAAACAAAAAAAUACUAAUAAUACGUCUCAAGUUUCAAAUCAAUUUCGAGCAUAUACAAUUAAUGAAAAUAAUAUUCUAGAUGAUCCAACUUUUGAUGAUGCUAUGAUUGCUUUUCUUCUUGACAUGCAAAAUCGUGAUCUUUCUCCAAAUGAUUAUGAAAUGUUAUUACGACUUGAUGAACGUGUAAAACGUAAAACUGUUGAUACACAUAUUCUAGAUAAAUUUCCAACAUUGAAUGUUAAUGAAAUACAUUUAAAUGAUCAAUGUACAAUAUGUAUGGAAACAUAUAAUCUUGGACAAAAAAUUAAAUCAUUACCAUGUACACAUAUAUUUCAUAUACAUUGUAUUGAAACAUAUUUAAAAGAAUUUUCUGUACAAUGUCCUUUAGACAAUCUACCAUUAAUAUGA